AUGGAAGACAAUGACGCCCCCGCUGCUCGCCGCAGUACCUCGCGACGUAUUUCCAACGACGACGAAUCCAUUCUGCGCUACAUAAUGCGCGACCAGAAUUUUUGCCUCAUGGCUUUGCUCGUCCUCGGUGUGCUCACUGUGACCAGCGCGUGCAUCGCCAUUGUCGCGGCCGUUUUCGAGCACUACUGGACGUCAAUCAACGACGACGCCGUACCGCAGAUGGGGGUCACCUUCGCUGCAAGUUCGGACGCCCAACAACAGUACGGUCGGUCUGGUGCUCAAAUCGCCAUGCAACGACAAUCAGACGAAGACGCGAGCCGCAUCGUUUUAUGUUUCGCGAACUACAGCGCUGCACCCGGCUCUCCGCACCAUUUCGACGUGGACAACGCGUCGGCCAUACUCUGCGACGCGCACGUCUUCGUAUCCCUGGGUUUAGACGUGGAGAAGCGAGACUUGCGCUUCAAGCGCCCCGUGGAAGAUGCCGAGGCACUGCUUAAAAUGGUCGCGCUCUCGGCGCCUACUUGGGCCUGCGUCGGCGGCGAGGCCGCAGAUUCGGAAGACUUCCGCCUACUGAUGCGCGAGAGGAGGUCGCGGCUCGCGUUCGUGCACAACGCGGCAUCCUGGUCGCGUCGAAAUGGACUCACCGGUCUGGUUCUCUACUGGAAGUACCCGACCCGAGAUGAUCGCACCAAUUUCAGCACUUUCGUGAACACCAUGCGCGUCGUUUUUGACCAGGAGGAACUCCGAGUGAGCGUUGUUAUACCGUGGGAUGCUACCAGGAGACGCGAAGGCUACCACGUCCCCGCGCUCUACAGCCGGCUGGACUUCGUCGUCGUGGACACACACCGGACCGUGAACCCGGCAACAUUCCCGGUCGCCACGUGCCAGAGCCCGAUGCGGCCAGUGUUCAGGGCACGCCACAACGGUCAGAUGGGUCUUUCCUCGGUACUCGAUGAUUUGUCUAUGGUCACGGAUCACAUGCUUGUAAAGACCGUGCUGAGUGUCUCGUUUGCCAGCACAACGUUUACCCUCAAGCGACACUGGAUAAAAAUGACCCGUGCAGGAAUGAGUGUUCUAGGUCCCGGCCGGCCCUUUCGCCACACAAAUAGAUCAGGUCUGGCGAGCUACUAUGAGGUUACCGAAGCACUGAUACGCAACGCCUCGCAGUGGCACCGCGAAGUAGAUGGCUUCUCACGCUGCUCCGUGGCCUAUUCGGAGGACCAGUGGAUCGGCUUCGAAGACCGCGCGAGUCUGCGCUCUAAGCGAGCUGUGGUGCGAAGGACUUCCGGUCUUGCUGUGUGGGACAUAACCAUGGACGACUUUGCAGGGGAUUUGGGGCCUACGUGGCAGCUCCUGCGUGAAGCUCAUGAUUUGGUGCAUGGCUAA